UUGACGCAGUCAGGACAAAGAAAUGCUUAUCGAAGAAUAAGAAACUAAUUGCCUUAAUUAUGGAAAUAAAAAUUCUAGCACUGAUUCUAAUAUUCUUUGCUAACUUCAGAAUAUGCCAAAGUAAGAGAUAUGAUGGCUAUUCCCUAUACAGCGUCACGCCAAUGAAUGUGGACCAUUUGAAAUUCCUUCAGAAUCUAGAAAGGCAGAAGUACAUCGAUGUUAUAUUUUGGAAGAGUCCGUAUAAACUUUUCACCGAUGUCCAGUUUCUAGUGAACCCUAGUGAUAAAGAUUUGUUCCUGGAGAGAGCUGGUCAUUUCCGUCUUGAGGCUAAGCUGUUACUAAACGAUAUACAACAGGCAUUCGAACAUCAAAACGUCCGGCAAUACCACAGACUGCGAGUCGAAACGUUCACUUGGCAAAACUACCACACUUUAGCCGACGUUUACCAGUGGCUGGCAGAUAUUGCCUUAAAAUAUCCUGCACAAAUUGAUCUGACGUCUAUUGGCAAGUCAGCUGAAGGACGAGACAUAUUCGUAGUUGGACUUAAAACAUCUGGAGCGAAACCAGUGGUCAUUGUCGAAGGCGGUAUCCAUGGAGACGAGUGGAUUGCAACCGAAUUUGUGACGUAUCUUAUUUACCAGUUGGUUUAUAAUAAAAAUCCUCGGCUACAAGAUUUGGUCGCGAGGUACCAUUGGUACCUGAUACCUAUUGUUAAUCCUGAUGGAUUCGAAUACAGUCAUAACGUGGAUCGCUUGUGGAGGAAGAACAGGAGAAUCUUAGGCAAUGGACAUGGCGUGGACUUAAACAGAAAUUUUGACUAUAGUUUUGGUAAACAUGGAAUAAGUUCUGACCCGAACGAUGACCACUAUUGCGGCCCGACGUCCUUCUCCGAACCAGAGACGAAGGCUCUCACAGAAUUUAUCACGAUGAAAGGCGAUAACCUCAAGUUUUACUUCUCUUUCCACGCGUAUGGACAAAAAAUUAUUAUACCUUUCAGUGAUAGAAUAAACCAUGUCGACAAUUAUAGAGAAAUGGAAAAUUAUGGCAAACAAGCCAUAUUGAAAAUGUAUAAAUUAUAUGGUGUCAAAUACAGCGUAGGAACCACUUAUGACACUCUUGGUUUACGGAUUUCCGGCAACAGUGCCAGCUGGGUGAAGAAAAAUCUCAAAGUAAAAUAUGUUUUCACAUUUUUGCUACGCGAUAACGGCUCUUAUGGUCAUGCGUUGCCCCCUGAGCAAAUUCUGCCCACAUGCGAAGAGACACUGGAAGGCCUGGUGGAGAUCAUGACUGCGAAACCCAGACGAGUCAAAACUCUAUUCGGCGCUGCAUCAGUUCCAAGAACAAGUGUAUUGUUGAUCCUAGUCUGUUUGGUUAUGAAAUGGUAUACAUACUCUUUCCUCAUUAUCAUGAUUGUAAACAUGAGGAAGAGCAUUACAUUAUUAAUAUUUUCUAUUACAUUAAAUUAUUGUUUAUGUAUAAAAUACCAUAACUACACAUUAUACAGAGGCAUUCCAGUAACUGAUCAUCACUUGCACUUCUUCCAUAAUUUAAGUAUAAUGUUUGAUGUGAAAUUCUGGAGACCACCAGGUCUCAUGUACAGACCAAUAGAGUUCACAAUAAAGCCUGAAGACAAGGGUUUGUUUCUGAAAAUGGCUGACGAAAAUGGAAUUUAUUUAACCACGAUUAUACCAGACGUACAAAGAGCCUUUGAUAUGCAAACAGUCAAAACUUACAUUAGAAGAAAGAUGGAGACAUUCGACUGGCGAAAUUAUUUCAGGCUGGAUGACAUUUACAGCUGGAUGAGGGAUUUGAACAGAGCGUACCCUCGGGAGACGCAGCUGGCCAGCCUCGGACAAACACAUGAGAACAGAGACAUAAUGGCUAUAAGGAUUGUGUUGAAAGGCUCUAGUUUGAGAUCCACAGUCAUAGUAGAAGGAGGAAUCCACGCAAGGGAGUGGAUAUCUCCCGCCUUCGUGACGUACUUCAUCCACGAGAUCUUGCGAGCUCGUCACUCCACAGACUCUGAGAUGAAGAAGAUAGCUAUGACUUACGAGUGGUUUUUCGUUCCGGUGCUGAACCCAGAUGGUUAUGAAUAUACUCAUGUUACGGAUCGGAUGUGGAGAAAAAAUCGUCGAGGGCAGUUUGGAGUUGAUUUAAAUCGAAAUUUUGCACAUAAUUUCGGCACGGUAGGAGCGACAUUCCAUAAAAACUCAGAAGUGUACUGCGGUCAGAGCGCUUUCUCGGAACCUGAGACAUUGGCGAUGGCAAAACUGGUGCAGGUGAACAGCAAAAACCUGGAAUACUACCUAUCCUUUCACUCUUACGGACAGUACAUGAUAAUACCCUACGCUGAUACGAAGAAGCAUAUUGAAAAUUUUCAUGAAGUGAAAAAAAUGGGACUGCAAGCUGCCGAUAGGAUAUUCGGCAAAUAUCAAACUUAUUACACGGUUGGCACUUCAUAUGACACAGUCGGCUACAUGACGUCGGGCGUAAGUGGAUGUUGGGUCAAGAGGAUGUUUAGGGUUCCAUAUGUAGCAACAUUCGAGCUUCGAGACGAUGGGUACUAUGGUUUUGCCCUCCCUCCAAAUCUGAUUCUACCAACCUGCCUGGAGACCAUGGAAGGCGUGAUCUCCUUUCUCACUCCAAGAACGAAUAAAUACUCUAAGCUCGACCAGCCCUUCUCUGCCGGCCAUGGUAGUACUAUAUUGGAUAAUAUUGUAAUUGUUUGUAAUGUACUAAUGUUUAUUAUAGUGCGGUUUUAUUGAAAAA